UCUCACUCUCAUUAGCUCUCUGCCUCUUUUUCAUUAGUUCUCUCAUCACUACCUCUCUCUCAUUCCGUCUCACUCUCUCUUGCUCUGAUCUCUGCGACUCUGCCUCUGUCUCUGGCUCUCUGCUUGGCUGGUUGCUGUGACUUUGUUCUUCAGCUCAUUCUUUCUUCAACUCUCUCUCACGCAUUCUUAACUCAGGUUAAAUUGAAUCUAUUGAAUUUUCAAUGGAUGAAGUUACUAGCUCAGAAACUUCAUCUCAAGAGAUGCCAAAUGCUGAAUGUCCUCUUUGGCAGUAUGUGACUAAAGUAGAAAAACCACCGGGUGCUACCGUUAAAAAAGGGGGAAACACAUACUUUAAGUGCAAUUAUUGUGGUGUGGUUUAUUUGGGAUCCUAUUCUAGGGUUAAGGCUCAUUUGUUAAAAAUUACUAAUAAAGGUAUUAAAGCAUGUCCUAAUGUGACACCGAGCCAUAGGUUGGAAAUGCAGCGAAUGCAUGAUCAAGUUGAGAAGGAUAAGUUAGAGAGUGAACAGAGAAGUCGAAUUCCCUUACCCCCACCUAUCCCAGGCCGUGGGCCUAUACCUCUUUCCCCAUUUCGGAGACAGGAAGGGAGUGAUAGUACAAAUCCGAUUGAUGGUAAGAGGAGGAAGGUGGCUGGGAUUUCUCCUAUUGAGAAAGCAUUCCAGAAUACUACUAGAUAUGAAUUGGAUAGUAGAAUUGCUAGGAUGUUUUACACUGGUGGGCUUCCAUUUAACUUUGCAAGGAACCCACAUUAUCGUAAUUCCUAUGCAUAUGCUGCUACUCAUAACAUCCCAGGUUAUGUUCCUCCUGGAUACAAUGCCUUGAGAACAACACUUUUGCAAAAGGAAAGAGCUCAUGUUGAAAGACUCUUGAAGCCAAUUAAGGAUUCUUGGCUUGAAAAUGGUGUAAGCAUAGUUUCUGAUGGAUGGUCAGAUCCACAAAGAAGGCCUCUUAUUAAUAUUAUGGCUGUAUCAGAUGGGGGUCCGGUGUUUGUAAAGGCAAUUGAUGGGUCGGGUGAGUUCAAAGACAAGCAUUAUAUUGCUGGGGUGUUGAGGGAUGCUAUAAAAGAGAUUGGACAUGAAAAAGUUGUCCAAGUCAUCACUGAUAAUGCUAAUGUGAUGAAAUCUGCUGGAGCUCUUAUUGAAGGUGAGUAUCCUAAAAUAUUUUGGACACCCUGUGUUGUCCACACUCUCAAUCUAGUUUUGAAGAAUAUUUGUGCAGCAAAAAACACUGAAAAGAAUGAAGUUACAUAUGAGGAAUGUAGUUGGAUUACACGUAUUGCUGAUGAUGCAUCUUUCAUACGUGUUUUUAUUAUGAACCAUUCAAUGAGGUUGACAAUGUUUAAUGAAUUUAGUCCAUUAAAAUUGCUCCAAGUUGCUGAUACUAGAUUUGCUUCAAUUGUUAUAAUGCUGAAAAGGUUGAAGUUGAUAAAAAGAUGCCUUCAAGCCAUGGCUAUUAGUGAGCAAUGGGCUUCUUAUAGGGAGGAUGAUGUUGGAAAAGCUGUAAAGGUGAAAGAUAUGAUUCUAAGUGAUCUUUGGUGGGAUAAAGUUGACUAUAUCCUUGAAUUCACAGCACCUAUUUAUGAUAUGCUACGAGUAGCCGACACAGAUAAGCCUUGUCUUCAUCUUGUGUAUGAGAUGUGGGAUUCAAUGAUAGAGAAGGUGAAGACAGCAAUAUAUCGGCACGAAGGCUUGGAAGAUGGUGAGUAUAGUUCAUUUUGGAGUGUGGUGUAUGAUAUACUCAUUGAUCGAUGGACUAAAAAUUGUACACCACUACAUUGCUUGGCUCAUUCCUUAAAUCCUAAGUAUUACUCCAUUGAAUGGCUUUCGGAGAAUCCAAAAUGCAUCUCGCCACAUCGGGAUCAUGAAAUUUCUAUGGAAAGGAGCAAGUGUUUGGAUCGAUACUUUGAAGAUGAGAGUGAAUUAAAGGCAGUGAAGUGUGAGUUUGCUUCAUUCUCAGGAGGGAGGUUUCCUUCACCAGAUGCCUUGACAGAUAGGCGCAAUGAGAAGUACGUAAAUACAUCAACAAAGAUGUGGGAUAUUGCAGGAGACUCUUGGAAUGAGAGUGACAUACAUGGAGGAGCUGGCAUUCUUGAGAAUGCAGCCCUUACACUUGAUGAGCCAGAGUUGGAGGCUAUGGUUAUUGGAAAUGCUAACACUAGUGUUACUACUAGUGAAAGUGAAGUUCGAAGUGAAGCUAUUGAUGUUGAUGAUUGUGUGGGAGCUGUUGAUGGAACUCAUGCUCGUGCAUCUAUUCCAAUUCAAAUACAAGAACUUCUUUGA